UCCGUAGAACAGAAUGUGUUUCCAUAGCGACCAUUUAUAGCAUAGACCACGGGAUCGUCUUUGUAACGGUACCAGGUAACAAAAUGAUGUCUGUAAACGCCCUAGGACAUAUGUAAUUUAUGCGAAGUCAACAUGUCCUUCAGAGAUUUAAAAAACUUCACAGAAAUGAUGAGGGCCUUGGGCUACCCUCGCCUCAUAUCUAUGGAAAAUUUCGUAACACCAAACUUCACCCUAGUAGCAGAAAUCCUAAUAUGGCUUGUAAGGAGAUACGAGCCUCACGUUGAUAUCCCCACUGAUGUGGACACAGAGUCAGACAGAAUAUUCUUCAUUAAGGCAGUGGUUCAAUUCAUGGCAACCAAGGCUCACAUCAAGCUAAACACCAAGCAUCUCUACCAGGCUGACGGCUAUGCAGUGAAAGAGAUGCUGAAGAUCACAUCGGUGCUGUACAAUGCCAUGAAAACCAAGCAGAUGGCUUUGGAGGAUGCAGUGGAGGAAGAUAGCAACAAGUUCAAGUUUGAUCUUGGCUCUAGGAUCUCUGAGCUCAAAGCAGCACGUCAGCUGGCAUCUGAAAUCACAUCCAGAGGAGCAUCUCUGUAUGAUUUACUGGGGAAAGAGGCAGAGCUCAGGGAAAUGAGAACUGCUGCCAUUGCUCGACCUCUUGAGAUCAAUGAGACAGAAAAGGCACUGAGAGCUGCAAUCAAAGAAACUCUGGAAAUUGUCGAAAAGAUCAAAGAGAUGCUUAGUAAUGUCGUCUCAGACGAGACCAGUCUGGACGCCAAGAUAGAGAAGAAGAAGCAGGAUCUGGAGAGGCAUCAGAAGAGGCUGCAGACUUUACAGAGUGUCAGGCCAGCAUUCAUGGAUGAAUAUGAAAAGAUAGAAGAAGAGCUGCAGAAGCAAUAUGAAGUCUUUGUGGAGAAAUUCAGAAACCUCACCUACCUGGAGUCACAACUGGAUGAGUACCACAGGCUGGAGCAGGAUAGGUUUGAGGAAGCUGAAAACUGCCUGAGGAUAAUGCAACACAAACUAAGGGAGGAGGAGAGAGAUCUGAUGAAGGGCUCAUUGAAAGACUCUGAUUCUGAUUUGGAUGUUCCAGAGGACGAAGGGUCAGAUAGUGACCUUGAAGAAUCUCGUCCAUCUAAGCCACAGCCCUCAAGAAAUGCCCCCAUGGCAGGAAGAGGAGCACGGUUCAUUGGCAACAUGCAGGGUGAUGACAGUGAAGAGGGGCUUUUAGCAGUCUCCAGAAGGUCAGUCCCUGAAUCCAAAAAACAGCGGAAAGGAAAGGUUUGUUCAGAAAAGGAUUCAGUUAACCUUCAUGUCCCCGUAUGUAUUAGAAGGAAACAUCCAUUUGCAAAUUUCCUAUUUAACCCUAAUGUUGAAAAAAAGUGUUGUCAAAAUGGUUUAUAUUAUGUUUUAAGGAAUUGUGCUGAUAUUUUUAAUAGUUCUAAUGUCUGGGGUAAGAAUGUAUUUUUCCUUCAAAUGCAACAGAUGCUAUUUUUUUUUCCAAAGUUUUUUUGUGAUAUAGGAGUAAAACCUUGCCAAGCCUCUGUGUUUAGUUAGAAUAAAAACAUGUUUCUUUGUUUUUUUUAUUAUUUUAAGUUUCCACAGUGUGUGUUUGUGUGUGUCUAGUAAUCUAAUUUUCCUGGAAAAAUAUAGUUAUAUCAUCCAACAGUCCUAUCAUAGGUAGACUUCAACUUUUUACUUGUUGAUGUUGUUAUUGCUGCUUGCUUCCUGUUCCAGAGUGAUGACAGUGAGAUUGAUGCAGAUGAGGAUAAUGAGGAAGACGAAGAUGAAGACGAGGAAGGUGAAGAAGAAGAGAGGAGGGAGGAGG